AUGGAAAACUACGGCGAGAAUAUCUGGGCAGCCGCCACAGCCAACGAGAUUGCCUCCAACAAUCCAGAGACGAUCGUGCUUCGCUCUGCGCUUCAAAAAGGCCCUCAAUCUUUCAAAGUCAACAAGAACUUGCUCUGUCAUCACUCGAAAUAUUUCGAUAGCGCUAUCAACGGCCAGUGGAAGGAAGGAGUCGAUCGCAAAAAAUAA